AAUCUGCGGCCGCAGAACGGCAGCGGCUGCGCGGGGCAGGCGGCCGGACAAGAUGGCGGCGCUGGGGAAGCAAUAUGGGCUUAUUAUGCCCAAAAAAUUGCCACAGAAAAAUCUUGUUUCAAAGAAGCUCUCAGUAUUCGCAGAUGAGUCAGAUGAAGAGCCAACUGUUGGGGAAAGUCUUCAGAAAGAAGCAUUGAAAAAACAAGCAAUGAAACAGACUAAAUUGGAGAUUCAGAAGGCUUUAGAAGAAGAUGCUACAGUUUAUGAAUAUGACAGUAUUUAUGAUGAAAUGCAGCAGAAGAAGAAAGAAAGCAGUGCCAAACUUUUAGCUGCAAAUGAUGACAAAAAGCCCAGAUACAUCCACAAUAUCCUCAAAGCAGCUGAGAUUAGAAAGAAGGAACAAGAAAGAAGAAUGGAAAGAAAAAUUCAGAAAGAGCGUGAAAUGGAAGGAGGGGAGUUUGCAGACAAAGAGGCUUUUGUGACUUCAGCCUAUAAGAAGAAGCUGCAAGAAAGAGCUGAGGAGGAGGAGAGAGAAAGAAGAGAAUCAGCWCUCGAGGCAUACCUGGAUGUGACCAAACAGAGAGAUCUCAGUGGAUUCUACAGACAUCUUUUAAACCAGACCGUGGGGGAGGAAGAGAUGCCUAAAUGCAGCUUCCGUGAAGCCAGGAUAAAGGAAGAAAAACCUGACAGUCAGGAUGAACCCAACGAGAGGAACAAAAGCCCAUCAGAAAGACAAAACGUGAAGACUUUUAAGAAAGAGGAUAAUCCAGAUGCUGAUAGCGACUUGGGAACUGAUAGCAGUGAUGAUGACAAGAGACACAAGCAAAGUAAAGCAGAUUUGAAGAAGAAGAAAAGAAGGGGGAGCUCUGUGAGCAGUGAAGAGGAGGCUAAACACACAAAAAAAAGCCAGAGGCAUUCCAGGUCACCAAGCUCAUCCAGUGUGGAGGAAGAGCCACGCACCAAAGCCCAAACAAGUCACCCUGCAAAGAGGGGAGAGAGCAGGCCAAGCAGAAGGGGAAAUGAUGAACAGUACUGGGAAAAGGAUUAUGAGAGAAGUAGGACCCAUGAAAAGGAUCACCAAAGAGAAAGGGAAGAGCGACAUAGGCAUGGGGAUCACUCUAGUAAAGAUCACUACAGGAGGAGGGAAGAUCAAGAUGAUAAACAAAGGGGGAAGGAAAGAAAGGAGAGGGAGGGACAUAGCAGAGAAUGGAGGAGGGGAAAGGAGAGAGAGGAGAAGGGCUCAGAGAGGGAACGAGAGAAAGAAAGAACAAAAAAUGAUAAAGACAGGUAUAAUGACAGAGAGAAGUAUAAUGACAGAGAGAAGGAGAGAGGAGAGAAAUACAGAGAAAGGGAAGAUCAUGCAAAGGAGAGGAGAGAGAAAUAUGGAAGUGAUGAAAAGAAAUACAGGGAGAAGAGRGGAAGUACUCCUCCAUCUUUGGAAAAAGAUGGAGAGACUGAUCUGGAAAAAGAGAGAAAGGGAAAAGACAGAGAGGUGGAUGAGAAGGCAAGCUCCAGCUCUGGAGUUUUGUCUGAGCAGAAGCGUAAAGCUGGAGAAGAAGGGGACAAAGAGGAGAAAGAACAAGCCCAGAAAGCACCUGAGAGCAUGAGCAAAUUUGCCAAAAGGAGCAACGAGGAGACAGUGAUGUCAGCACGGGACCGGUACCUGGCCCGGCAGAUGGCCCGGGUCAGCACCAAACCUUACAUUGAGAAGGAGGAGGAUUGAUAUCCCUGGGAUGCCCACAAACACCUGGGCUGUCAGCCAAGAGGAAAGGCCACUGCCCUGUGGAUUCUUGUACAAAGUUAUCCUAGCUAUUUAUUUCUGGCUUCCUUCCAGAAAUUGUGUGUCCCUUAAGAGAGGAACUUUUGGAAGGCAUUAAUAGGUCUCUUGACACACACUCUUAGUCUGUUUGUACAUUGAAAUAUUAAAUGUGGCUGACUGUCCAGCCUGUCCUUCAGUACCAUGUCCUUGGUACCUGAAGAUUUUGGACAGACCUGGGAGUAUUAAACAAUUUAGUCCCUCUGCUCCUUUCAGCUGCCAAAACAGUGAGCUCUGCUUGAAUGAAAGGUGUUCUCAGCUCUUGGAAGGAGUCACGGCUGCCCACUGGUGUAAAAGAGGGUGAAAAUGCAAGAAAAAAAUGAGCUCUGCUUGAAAGAAAGGUGUUCUCAGCUCUUGGAAGGAGUCAUGGCUGCCCACUGGUGUAAAAGAGGGUGAAAAUGCAAGAAAAACAGCCUGAAUAAUGAUCUAGGACAUUUCUGUAUGUAGUGUGGAGUUUUGUAAACUAAAUGCAUAUUGAGAUACGAAUUUUGUAUUAUGUGUUGGCUUUGGUCUGGGGGCCUGAUGUACAGAAACUGUUCAAUAAAGUGUAAGAUGCAUAUUGGAUCUAAUGUGUGGGUUAUUUUACUGCAUUUUGUUGCAUKGAAUAAAGUAGAUGAGUCUUUACAUUGGGUAUUACAGUUGAUAAGUGAUAUUUCACAUUGUCAGUCUUCUAUUCAAAGGUUCAUGUUCUAGAACGAAGUUACUUCCAAAGUAGGUAAGUAGAAUGUGUGACAGUGGUCUUACUUCUAAAAUUGUUUUUUCACUUUGUUUUGUAGUAAAUUUAUCACUUUUAUGCUAGAGUAAGGUGAACUUACUUGUUUAAAAAAGGGUUCUGAGGCUGGUGUUUCCCUAAUAAUUUGUUCAGCAGACUUAGCAAGGAGACAAAAUGCAAGUAAAAUUAAAUGCAAAUGCUGCCACUAUACAGAGGCGUGGAAUGAGUUUUAUGUGUCAGCUAAUCAAGUGAUUAAGCACAUACUCCAGUGUGGAGCAGUUUGGUUUUGCUGGUYUGUGUAAACAAAUAUAAUGAGCUUUGGUUCUUCUGUUGGAAUGGAAUAAAAGUGUUUAGCAGAUGGCCAGGGUUCAAACACUGAAGGAAAUCCUCUGCUUUUUGUCAGAGGCCCUGUUGGCAUUGUAAACUGGACUAGGUAUUCUGCUUUUCCUUAGAAUUGAGAUUUUUAUCUUUGCUCUUCCCAGAAGAGAGAGGCACAAGAGACGUCUGCAGAUGGUUUAUGAAUAUUAAAUUUAUUACAAUAACAGUUUACAGUACAAGGCACAUACUGAUGACUUACAAUCAGCUUGCAACACUUGUAACUAAACAGCUGCAUAAAUUARUACAGGUGCAUCAUGUACAAGUUGGAGGGAAUACUUGGUUCUGUACAGCUAAAACUCCAGUUUCAUUAUCUUUAAAAGGCAAAGAUGGUCCUAAUUUAGSAGUUUCAUAACUUCCUUUUCACUGUUCAGAACAGAGGGUAGGAUAUACUCAUGGUAGAUGAGUGGAAGGUGAGCUGAAGAGAAGGAAUUUUUUGCCUCAAAACACUUGAUAAGUGCAGUGCAGCUCAUUUGGUACCAAUAUAAGUAGUUUUUAUACAAAACUGGUGUAUGAUGUAUGGCUACUCGCUGAGCUACCUGAUAAAUAUUGGUUACUUUACAUGUUUUCAGAUGCAUAUGUAAAAGGAAAAAAAAAAUGUA